CACAGACAUUGUUUUUCUGAUAAACCCAACUGAAACCGACAGCCAGGAGAGUGGGAAAGCCCUCUGUGUUUGCCGUCUGGAUAACAGCAUUUAGCUGCUAAAACUCUCUAGCCCCCUUAUGUUUACUCUGUGCUGUAUCCUUUUAGCAUAACGUUAGUUUUUGUUUGUGUUUAUGGAGACAGCAGUGCGGUAAAGUGAAACCUCUGAGGCCUUAUCGCCAUGGCCGCAGCGACUCCAUGUCGCAGGCUGUGUUUAAAGACAGUAGCAGCACAAGUAAUGGGAUGCAAAUGAGUAUUCAAAUUCUUGUAAAUGAUUUCAGGAAAUAAAAGAAGAGGAACUGAAAAAGAGCUUAAAAGAAGAGCUCCAAAAUUAGAUGAAGGAGAGGACUGGGAAUUGCUGACCCCGGUAUCAUAGCUGUGAGCUAUGAGGCCAGGGCCCAUGGUGUCACCAGGAACAUGUGGGUGGACGAUGCAAAGAAACUGUGCCCAGACCUCCAGGUGGCACGAGUGCGUGAGUCUCAUGGCAAGGCAGACCUGACGCAUUACAGGGAGGCGAGUGUGGAGGUUAUUGAGGUGAUGUCUCGCUUUGCUGUGAUUGAGAGAGCCAGCAUCGAUGAGGCCUACAUGGAUCUGACUGCUGCAGUCCAGCAGCGGCUUAAAAACAUGACAGACAAGCAAAUUGAGCCUCAACUCAGGACGACUUACAUCCAGGGGUACCCAAUAAGUUCACCUGAACUUGAGGCCCCUGCCGAGGGUGUUGUGUUGGAUAAAGAGGAACAGAGGUCCAGAGGUCUUCAGCAGUGGUUGGAAUCCCUACCUGGCCCUCCAUUAGGGGAGCAGAGCUCUGCAGAGCUGCAGCUUACUGUGGGGGCGCUCAUUGUCGAGGAAAUGAGGGCAGCCGUGGAGAAACACACAGGUUUCCGCUGCUCAGCAGGGAUAUCACACAAUAAGGUGUUGGCCAAACUAGCCUGUGGUCUGAACAAACCUAACAGACAAACCAUUCUGCCUUUGGAUUCGGUGACAGAACUUUUCAGCUCUCUUCCCAUCAGCAAGAUCCGCAACCUGGGGGGUAAGCUGGGUGCCUCCAUUACAGAAACUCUUGGAAUAGAAAACAUGGGAGAUCUGACUCGCUUUUCUCAGGCCCAACUGGAACAGAACUUUGGAGAGAAGACAGGUCAGUGGCUGUAUGACUUGUGUCGGGGUAUUGAUUUUGAAGCAGUGAAACCCAGACAGCUUCCUAAAUCCAUCGGCUGCAGUAAAAACUUCCCGGGGAAGACAUCGCUGGCUACAAAAGAGCAGGUACAGUACUGGCUUCAUCAACUGGCCCUAGAGCUGGAGGAGAGGCUGACCAAGGACAAAGAAGUGAAUGGUCGUGUGGCUAAGUUGCUGACAGUCGGUGUUCGUCAGCUUGGGGACAAAAGGCCGAGCAGCUUCUCUCGCUGUUGUGCUUUGGUGCGUUAUGAAGCGACCAAGCUAUCCAGUGACAGCUUUGCCAUUAUCAAGAGUCUCAACACAGCAGGAAACCACCAGGCAGCAUGGACUCCACCCCUCACCCUGCUACACCUCUCAGCUAGCAAAUUCAGUGAUGCUCCAUCAGCAGGGGGGAUUGCUGGCUUUCUGUCCAGUGAUGUCACUUCAACCCAGAGUGUUUUUUCCACCCCUCAGUCUUUCACCCAGCCGCCCUCUGAACUGAAAAAUGACUCCGCUGGCAAACAACCGGGCACCAUCCAGUCCUUCUUUCAAAAGGCAGCUGAGAAACAAAGACAGAAGGUUACAAACGAUGUAGAAGAAGAUUGCAUUGGCUCAACAGGAAUUCUCUCAUCUAACUCCACUCAUAAAACCUCUGUUGCUGACUCUCAGGUGGAGACAGAUACCAAUUGCCCAGUUACUUCCCUUACACUUUUUUCUCACUCUAAAAAUGGUACAGCGAGCCCCCAUUCUGAUAUUUCCUCUUUCUUCCACAAGAAGACUCUUGAAAGAAACAUACAGGCCUCAGCCUCAACAUUGACCAAACCUGACAUGGAACACACGCCUGGAGAGUUUACAUCCCACCAGUCGCCAUGUGAGGAGUUAAGAGAUGAGCUGGACAUGGAUCCAGAGGUAGAUCACUGUCCUCCCACUGUGGCCAGAGAAGACGUGUUGAACUGUGAGCGCUGUGGCCAGGAGGUGUUGGUCUGGGAAAUGCCUGAACACAAUGACUAUCACUUUGCCCUGGACCUCCAGAAUUCCCUGUCUUCAUCCACGAGUUCAGCAACCAUCUCUUCAUCUUCCUCCACCACCACUUCUUCUCUAACUCCUGUCAGAGUGGGAGCAGCAGGCAUAGCCCAGUCCUCCCGGGGCAAGACAAAAACCAGAGGUCAAUCGGGACCCCAGUCCAAAAGGCAUCGCUCCCAAGGUGGGAGCACGGGCACUCUGGAUUCUUUUUUCAAGAAGAACUGAGGAUGUGUUGUAGAACUGCAUUUUAAAGUAAAGUAAAACACAAAUUUCGGACAAUGUCCAAAUGAUCAAUGUUAUUGUGCUUUAUAUUAUAAGAAUGUGUACAAAUUACAGAAAAUGUUUAUUUAUGUUCUUUGUUUCACAUGCUUUUUAUUGUAAAGGGAAAGGAAAUAAUUUUAUAAACCUGAGCCUAUUAAAGAUACUUUUUACA